AGGAGGGAAAGGGAAGACCUGACGGACGGGCUUCACGAGGAGCUGUGGUCACACACACUCUUCCUUACCACCUUCACACUCCCACACAUCUUGGAGAGAGAGCCUGCUUCCACUGACUGGCCGAGCUCCCGGAGUAGACGGGAGGGAAAGUUUGAGGCAUUACAGCAAACCUAGAGAGUAGUGAGUAGUACAGGUGCCUUGAAAGAAAGGCUAACUUCGAAAUAGCCAAGAAGAUUUGCCGAAGGUUGUUGCCUGCAAGUUGGAGUUGUUCCGCCCUGAUCGUUGGGUGUCUUCUGUCAUUCAAGUCUUUUUUUAGUACUUUAUUUUUACCUCAGGACUGCGUUCUUGCACACCGGGCAACGAGUGUGCAUGCUUCAGCCCUCUCUGUCUGCAAGUAAGCUUGUGCGUGUUUCAUCGGACUCUACUUGAAACCGAGCCAUGGCCGACACAGAUUUCAAACUGGAGCGCGCCGUCUUCGCCGAAGUCUCUGAUGAUGACGAUGAAGAGGUCGCCUUGGUGCCCGCUGCCAGCAAACCUGCCACGACCUCCAAGGUGUUCAAGUCAAAACGAGGUGACGACGAUGAUGACGACGACUCAGAAGAGGUGGACCUGGUGUUGGGUCCGGGACUUGACGGAGGCGGCAGCGGUGAGGCCCAGAAGUCUGAUGCCCAGGCGACCGGCAUGAUGGUCCUGGCACUCCUAGACAAAAUCAUAGGUGUGGUGGAUCAGAUCCAGCAGACUCAGACAGGCCUCGAAGCCAAACAGGAGACCAUGGAGAAGAACAUGAGCAGCAUCCAGACCGAGCUGGCGAAGCUGGCGAAGAGUCACGUCGGAACGGCCGGGACGGUCAACAAGCUCCUGGACAAGGUGCGGAAGGUGAACGUCAACGUGAAGAGCGUACGCACAGACCUGGAGAAGCAAGCGGGACAGAUCAAAAAACUGGAGAACAAUGAGCAUGAGCUCCUCAAGAGGAAGAACUUCAAAGUGCUCAUCUUCCAGGACAAGGUGAAACCUGUGAAGGUCUCUAAGAAGCCAGUGGCUGCAGGAGAGGAAGGAGAGCUGGUGUUGAGUGAAGGAGGAGAUGAAGAACAUGGCUCCGAAGAGGAAGUUGAGGUUGAGGAGAUCAUAGAGGAAUCUCGUGCCGAGCGCAUCAAACGCAGUGGCCUCCAGAAGGUGGACAAGCUGAAGAUGGCCUUCAGCAAAGAGCAGAUGGAGAAAACCAGACAGAAAACCAAGGAGAACCUGGAGAAAACCCGAAUGAGAACUAAAGAGAACCUGGAGAAGACACGUCAGAGAACCCGAGAGAACCUCGAGAAGACUAAGAAGAGCCUUGGCAAGAAGAUGGGUAAAAUAGGAACCAAGAUGACGCCUAACACCGAACGUCGUGAGAAGAUCCGUAGCUCCAGAGAGAAGAUGAAGAAGUCACUGACGCCCGACCACACCAUCUAUGCCCGCUCGAAAUCAACCACCUACCGCGUACCGCCCUUCACCUUCCACGUCAAGAAGGUCCGUGAGGGGGAGAUUGAACCCACACCAGAACCUGAGGAAGAGGAGGAGCAGGUGGAGCAGAACGACGAGGUCCAGGAGGGUCUUGCAGAGCAGGAAGGAGGUCUAGUGUCAGGGGUGGAGGAAGGUGAACUGGUCAAUCUUGAUAGCUCAGAGAUGGAGGCCUUCCUAGAAGCAGCUGAUCAAUCACGACUGGCGUUCCAGGAGACGGUGAGGCCAAGAGAGAAGGCCAGCCAGUAAGUCCAACAUGAUGAACCCUGGGAAAAGCUCAACAUGGAAAAAUAAUGUGGAGGUCUGAAGAUGAAUAAGGCUAAAAGGAUGUAGGGAACUGAGAUGUGCUUGAGGACGGAUUAGAGAGUAAACGAAUGGAGUUGACUGGACCUUUGGCUGAACAUUUUAGUUUGUUUUUUUGUUUUUUCUUAUUAUUUUCUCAACCCCAAGGUUGCAUUUUUUGUUUUGUUUUGUUCGGUUGUCAAUCUUUAAAUUGACUAAUGGUCAAGUGUAUGAUCAGAUCCUUUUUAACAUGAAUAUCAAGAUUUAAUCAACAUUUAAAAUCUUAAAAAACCAAUGUAUUAUAGUAUUUUCAGAAAAGAUGGAUGUGAGGCGGUUUGUGCUCCGCAAGAAUAUUUUCAUAACACUCUCAUGGCAUUUAGCUCCCAUUAGACAUUUAAUAUGAACUUAUUAAUUUGUAAUCAAAUUUGUAACCAGGUUGCAGCCAGAUAUUGCCAAUAUAUAUUUAUGUAAGUGCCUGUAUUUAAAGAAUAUCUUGUGUUAUUUGUACUAUCAUGUGAUGUGAUGGCUGCUGAUUUCAACAGUAUAAAUUAAUAGCAGGCCCUAUGCAUCUUACAGAACAUCUGGGCUUUGAUUUCAUGCCAUGAAUGAACUAUUGGAAGCUGUUGAAAGUGAAAACCUCAAGGUGCUAGAAAGUACGUUGUCUGACGGAAAUAUUGUUUUGAGGGAAAAUAAACUGUAAAAUAUUCUAAUUGAAGAGAAAAUAUAAAAAAAAGAAAGAAAGAAUUACAAAUAACUACUGCUGACUGAACUUUUUUCUGUUGAAGCUGAAGGUUUUAAUAAUGACGUGGAUAUGACGAGUUGUUUUGUGAUCUAAUCACUGGUUUGAACGUAAUCCAAGCUCCAAAGGUUUUAAAUGCUUCACUCUUUGACUCAGGCUUUAUGUAAAAAAAUUGCUUCAAUUGACGUCUACAGACAGCAUAAUCUGAUAUUUGAUCUAUACAUGUAAACAAGAAGCUCUUAGCAGUCACUGGAAAAGUUACUUUUCAGAAUUCAGUUUUAUUCAUUCUGAGGUAAAUUCAUUUGACUGUUUACCUUGUUUGUACAUAUACACUUUUACAUGCUCAAACUAUUAUCUUUCUCACACACACACACAAAUAGAGUGUUAGGUGAACAGGGACCUACUCAAUGGAAAAGUAGUACUGAUAUAAUAGUCAUUGUGUAGUCCAGCUCACUGAACUAAAGAGAAAUACAUCAUAGUUCUAUCCUGAGUAUUCAACUCCAUUACUGAUCUUUCAUUGUACUUUAAGUGUUUUCAUGUCAAGUAGUUGGCCCACAUUACUGCAUGUAGCUUGAACAGACUAAUUUUUACAAACAGUACACUCACUGAAAACACAUUUUGUAUCAUGCUUUUUAUGAUCUGGUGUUAUGAAAAUAUGACUGAAUGAAGCUUCUUAUGGGUUUAUGGCUCUGCUAUUGUCCUUGUGAAAUGUGUGGCUGUAUAAAUGGAUUUUAGGCUUAGGUUGCUUUUAAUAAACAAAUAAAAGUGUCCACCUUUGUGC